GAUUUCUCAAAACAGCCGCACGGGUCACCAUCACUGGCAUUGUCGGGAGAAGUUUAGCUUUGGUUCUCAAGUUCGGAGGGGAUUGGGGACGGGUCAGGUGAUAUUUAGACGCAAGCCAGACGAUGGGAGGAAAGUGGGCAUGCUGCCAGGGCUGCGAGGCGGAUCUGGCUGCUCCAGAUGUUAAGACCGAGACUGGAAUCUUUGACAGUCAUUUUAGUAACGCGCCCAACGCCCGUCUCUCCUUUCAUUCUUUUUUUAAAAAAAAACAAAAAAAAAUUAUUUUAAGUGACUGCCUUUCCACAGCUUGCUGCUGCUUCGUGCCACUUACAUCAUAGCGAGACAGUCAAGGAGGCUUAGAACAAGUGACUUAAAAAUAUCUAAAAAAAAACUGUAGCAGAAGAGCGCGGGAUCUGGGCAGGAUUCUCCAGUGAAGCGGAAAACUGAAUGCAAAUCCUCCCCAGUUUGGAAAAAGCAAAGUGCUGAUCCGCCAGCACCGCAAGAUAAAGGGAUAUCGCGGUUUAUUUUUCUCUGAAGGGGACCAUAAUUUAAGUUUGCACUCUCUAUAGCGUUCGGCAAGGAGAUCGGUGCGGUUUUUUUUUUAAAUGCUGCAAUAAAUUAUGGUGAUGCGGUGAAAAAGUCUUUGCAGUUCAGUUGCUGGGGACGGGAGGAUCGAACGGGAGACUUGGGUGCUUCGCAUCGCAUUGGCUCAGGGAGUUGCAGCUCGGGACUUCUGCUCUGGGACCGCACUGGGGUGGGGGGGGGGGGGAAGGGAUUAGAGCCGACCUCAGCAUCAUUCAUUGGAAAAAGAGAGAGAGAGAGAGGAGGGUUCUCAACUCUGUUCUGACGUGGCGUUUUUUUUUCCGCUCUCUACAUUUCCUUCUCUUCCCCAGUCUGUGAUCCUCAAGACCACCCCUCCCUCUACUGUGGAGAGAUUCGAUCCUGUGCUCCACAACUGGAGUAACAUCUGGAGACGUCUUUCCCUCCCCCCCCACCCAACCCUGCCGAAAAGGAAACGAUGGGGCACUUCCCUGGUGGUUACUUGGUGUGGGAGCAGCAGAUGCAGAGAGCUCCAGGAGGACCCGCUUCUAGUUAAAUCCUGGGUCAGGAUCACUGGGGCUUCUAGAGACCUUCUACCCCUUCCUUUGAAUCUCCUGCAAAACGGCGAUCUGCCACACUCUCCUCCCACCCUCAACUCCACCCCAGCUCCCCUCUUUAUCCAUCCCUGUGCAAUCCCACCCCCACCCCCUCAGAACUCUCCAAAGACGACUGAAAUAUCCAACUUUUCUGCCCGAUUGAAGUUUGCUCCUGGAUUGAGAUUUUGCCAGCUUGGAUUUGUCUUAGCCCACCCCACCCACCAACGCUCUCAGACGGGACGAUGGCUUCUGAUGUGAAGAAGACUCUGAAGAGCGACAAGGUGGACGAAGCUCAGGCGAUGGCUCGGAACUGCGCGGGAAGGCCAGACUUCCAGCCCUGUGACAGCCUCUCCAUCUGUGCCACCCACAGCCAUGGCAAAUGCUUCAAACGGCACUGGUGCUGUCAUUUAGGAUGGUGCCACUGUAGAUACAUUUACCAGCCCAUGACUCAUGUCGAACUUCUACCAAGCACUUCAAUCCCAGUCAGCACUAGCAGCCAAGCAGAUACAGUCCAGUUAUCCAUAGCCCUGGUGGAACGCUUCCUAAAGACUGCUUCUUUCCUCAGGCCGCCAUUUGCACCAGAUACACCAAGGUACUGCACUAUUUCCAAACUCUUUGUUGACAGCUAUCGGGUCAAGAGGAUCAAUGGCAAGAUGUGCUAUGUCCAAUGCCAGCCUCAUCCGGCUCCCACUCCACAUGAUCCAAAGGUUGGAGAUAACUUUAACCAGGAUACCUCCGUCAGUCCAAAGGAUCCAACCCUGGCAGACAAAGUACCAGCACCACAAAUGAAUCACUGCUCUUCGCCAUCUGCCUCAGAGGAUUCUGGUAUAAAUGCAUUAGGGUUGCACUGCCCGGAAUCAGGUGAUGAAGACACAGAGGAAGAUGAGGAUGAAGAUGAAUUGAGUUCAGAUGAUGACUCUAGCCCAGAGAGCCAGUGGGAUCAGGAUGAUUGCAGUUUACUUUCUCCUUCCCGAUCCACUGUGGAAAUUAUUGAGAAAAUUGAAACAACUGUCUGAGCUUAAGCAGGAUUUCCAUAGCUUCUUCAACAAUGCCUGGUGAAACAAACUCAAUUAGAACUUGCAAAUUCUGAUAUAAAUUAAUCCUCACUAGUUCAUGAAUUGAAGUAACCAUAAACACAAGAAUUGUUUAAGCUUUUGUUUUCAGAUAUAAGAUGGACAAAUAAAAUGUAGCACAUGCAGACAGUAGACCAACGACUACGGUGCCUACCCAAAUGAAGUUUUCAAUUGUGGCCCAAAGUAACCAGAACCUUUCAAGUUACCAAGCACAAUAACCAAGCUCACGAUCUUUUAGCCAAUAAUUUGACAAUUGGGUCAUCAUUUGAAAUCGUCAGGGGGAAGUACUUUUGACCACACAGGAGCACCUCCACAAGAGUAAACUGUCUUUUUUUUAUCAUGAGAAGGGUUGGUGGGAUUUCGAAGGGGAGCUGAGUUGUGUUGUGUGAGAUAAGAGAAUAGCAAAUGGUAGGUAAUGUUUAGCAUGUCAGGAUCCUUGCUAAUCACCAGAAUCAUUACACAACAAAGCACAUUAAAGAAGAAUUCAGCACUUUUUUUUCUUGAGUCAAAGACCCAGGAGGAGGUUUGAGGCCUGAGGCCUAGAGGUUUUGUUAUGUAUCAAGUAAAGUGACAUUAUCGCCUCAAUAAUAUAUUGCUAAACGAGUUACAUUAACCCUUGCAUGGAAAUGUGUUUUCAAUUCUGAGUUGCCAUGUGAAAUCUGUACUCUGAUUAUCACAAUGAUAAAAUAAUUAUCUUUACAGAGGGUCACACAUUAUUAGAAUAGAUAUUUCCAUGUGAUAUUAUUUGAUUUGAUCUUUGCUGUUUUACACUUAAGAAGAACAGUUAAUUAAGUUAGUGGAUCAGAAUUUCGUCAAUCAUGCUAAGUCCUCCUAAAACAAGAAGCAUCAAAGUGUGUGACCUACAAUUUCAGAUAGAGAUUGUGUACAAUUAGGGAGAAUUUUAUGGGGAAUGUAGGGUUAACAUUGCUCCAUUAGUUCCUUUAUUUGAAUGUACAUUAAAAUUAUAGACAGAUGGAUUUUAUGGAGAAUUAAAUGCGCUAAGAGUGUUUAAAUAGAUUGUGGCACAUCCUUCUGUUUCUCUCUCAUGCUUGUUCAAAAUGGCUGAUUGGUCACUGCCUUUUUCCCAUGUCCUCCGUCCAUUUAAAAUGAAUGGCCAAACCUGACUAAGGCCACCAAAAGAUGGUAGCAACAAAAUCAUGCCAAAUAAUGCGCCAAUAAAAUGUAAAACUAAAAUGGAAACUAAAGCACAUGGUUCACAUUAAUGAUGUAAGGAAGUAUUUAUUAUGCAGGUAGAAAAAUAAUAGUGCCUAACAGUCCCACCUAGGAACGUAAAAAGAAGCUAAGAUAAAUGAGUAGAAAUUUUGCCAGUGUGACAUAAGAGGAUGUGCUUCAGACUCUCUCCUCCUUAUAUAUAUUUCAGUGGAGUGCCUGACACAACACAAACAAAGGCUGCAAGAGAAAAGCUUAUUCACUUGGUAUGUUCCAACCAUGUGCUGUACUGCUGACAUUUAGGUACACUAUACUGCAAUAGACUUUAAGAGUAGGUCCUGAUUAAAUUCCAUCAGUUUUCUGAUCACCCCUACCGUUAGUGAUCAGAGCACGUUAGUGAUGCAGCUGUGCAUCAUUCAACAAUAUGUAUAAACAUUCUCCUCAUCAAGGUGAGAAAAGUGAAUUCUGGUUUGAAUGCUCACAGUAAGUGUUCACAUAUGUUACCAUAUGAGACAGUGUAUGUUUUGUAUGUAUAUAUGGCUGUCUGGCUUUGUCUAAUGUUGUCAGAAGCAGAUUAUUCCUGCUUUAAUGUUGUCUCAACAUAACAUGAAACAAGCACCUUUAACAACCUAUUUAUUCACACAUAGCCUAGAAUUCUAAUGUUAGCAUUAGUAGAUAAAGCCAUAGAAAGAACAACAGCAUCUUAGUUUUACUAAAUGGGCCAUAAACAAAACAGGAAAAAGGUAUUAAUAAUAUUAUAGAAGGUGAUGGCUCAGAUAUUUUGAGGGAGUAAAAGGAAUAAAAAAUGUUUUAAAAACAAGAGUAUAAAUGACAUAACCACCCAUUGGAACAUUAAAAAUUAGCAGUAACUAUGGAAAUCUGGUAUAAUUUUAGAAGUAUAAAUAAAUGCUGAGUAUGCAUCACCAAUUUAUACAGAUCCAAGCUCACUGAUUUCGCAGUAAAGAUUUUUCAAUCCAGUUUUCAAACUUAAAUUUUCAUCUCAGUAAUACUUUGGUCGCCCACAAAAUAGUUAGUACAGUAAGAGUCCAUUUGGUCCAUCAUGUCUGCACCAGCUCUAAGAUUUUUGAUUUUGUGCUGCAAAUUCCCCAUGAUCUGCAGAUUGUUUCUAUUUGUUGCCACCUUCUAACAGUAAGGAACACAGUGGGCACAAUGUUAACCCGUCUGCGAUCCUUUGAUUAUGGUGUGCACAUUUUGGUAUUUAAAGUUGCAUUGAACUUUAAAUGUUGAAAUUUACCUGAAGGUCAUUGUUCGGCUUUUCAGAAAAUUUUGAAAGCAAAACUGAAAAUCAUUUAUUUAAUAAAUAAAUGAAAAUGUAAUUAAAAUGUAAAUGGAGUAUUACAGAUGCAGUAUUAUAGGUAGGUUCAAUGUAAGGCCAGAACAAUCACAGCAUCAGAAGAAUGGUAAAAAUGAAUGCAUUUAUUCAACAUGAGUUGUGUUACCUAUAUACAGAUCUCAUUUACUGAUUCUGGGCUUUAUUAUUCUUUUACAGAAGAUUGUAACGUAGCACAUUAAAUGAUGGGUCUCAACAAGCCCAUGUCUAAAUGAAUCGCAGAUAGGCAAGAAAAUGUGAAUGCUCUGUUCAUUGCCCCUUCCAGCCACUUCAUUUUUGGAUGGCAUUGUGGACACUAUCUGGCAAGUUAAAACAUUACAACAGCAAUUGAGUGUAAACUAUUUCCAAAAGAUCGUCACCAAGUCACAUUGAUCGAUCUUUUUUCAAGUCUUGUACAAAUUAUCCAAAUCUGACAAAAUUCUUUUGCAUUCUCACUCUCAGUUGGAAUGAAAUUUUGGCUUUUAACCAAUUUCAUAUUAAUGUAAGUUCUCAGAAAGAAGAGCCUAUUGGGUAUUCUCAACAAAGCUUGUCAAAACAGCCACCUCUUUGUGAUAAUGCCAAAAGUGAUGAACUUUCAAAAUAGCCAAAAAUUUCACUAAAUUUGGAUUUGCAAAGGGACAUUUAGGACUAGAUUCUGAAAUGAUUUCCAAGUAAUUUUUCAUUAAUUCUGUCCUUUCAAUGCUUUUGCUGUAACUGAAUUGAAUUCUUAUUCCCCAAAAUUAUGAUAGGAUAGUUUUCAUCUGAUAUUUAAAAUGACUUGUUGAAUUAGUCACAGAUAACAAAUAGCAGCACAAUGAUCAAAUUACUUAUAAAACCUCCAGUGCUAAUUUAAUUUCCACUGUAGAUUGGAUCCAAAUCUCGCUCCUCUGUCUUCUCUCCAUCCUGUGCAUACAUUCAGUUGACUUAUGCUUUCUGGUCAAGAAGAAUGGUCACUGACCAUUUCCCAGUUUCAGAGGAAGUGGUAGAGGCUAGUACAAUUGCAACAUUUAAAAGGCAUCUGGAUGGCUGUACGUAUAGGAAGGG